AUUUUGUACACUCAGCGAAUCAGUAACGUCCCAGUCAGCGAUCACCGGAUUAUAGUCAAAUUUUCAUCUUUCAAUUGAUGCCGUAGAAUGUUGAUUACAAAGCUAUGUCUAACUCUCAUUCACUUUUGUAUAACAGCUAAUCGUUUUGUGGUGUCUUUCAUAAAACGACUAGAAACAAGUUGGCCCGUUCAUAUAUACAACUCUUUUUAUAUAAAGAAUUAUCCCUCAAAAAUGAACCAUGCUCCAGAGCAUUUAGCAAUAGUUGUUCUCGAGGAUAGCAUUUCUUUUCAGAAACUCAGUCAAAUCAUUUCGUGGUCUGGGUUGGCUGGAAUUCGUUAUGUUACGCUAUUUGAUCCAAAAGGCAUUAUUAAAAGAAGCAAAGACGAAAUAGAAUAUCAAUUAAGAAAGAGAAGUUUACUGAGUUCAAGUGAGAAGAAAGUAAAUUUCGUUUUUCAUACUACUACUGUUCAGAAUAAAAAUGGUUAUGACACAAAUACAACUAACGUUAUCCUGUUAUCAAGAGAAGACAAUCAAAGAAAAUUGGUUAACGUUUCUAGGCAGUUGUGCGAUAAUACACAACAUUCGGAAGUAAAUGUUGAAUACAUAGACGCCCUGCUCAAAAAUGUCUUUCAAUUUCCGGAUCCAAAUGUAAUUUUUAAUUUUGGCAAUGUUAGCUGCUUGGCAGGAUUUCUCCCGUGGCAUAUAAGGCUAUCAGAGAUAAUAUCUUUUGAUACAAUGAAAAAUUUGGAUUACUCUUCAUUUCAAUCCAAUCUAGAAAAGUUUCAUAAGAUAGAGAAGCGAUUUGGCAAAUAACUUAAAUCGAAAAUUGUUUUGUUAUGAGUAACUUUUGUUGAAAUAAUUGAAUAUUCCGUCUGUUCUUUUUCUCAUUCUCAAUUAUAUAUAUGCCCUAAUAAAAGCAAAAAUAAUUGAAACUAACUAAUAGCAAACAAAAAAGGGAAUUCAUAAUAUAAAAAUCUUUGAAA